AGGAGAUUGGAGUGGAGCUAGUCUGAAGGGGAACAGGAGGCAGGGCUGACGGGCAAGAGGACAACAACCAGCAUGAUGGUUUGAAAGCUGAGCUUGACUGGGCAUGUGUGCUUAAAAUAUGUGAGACAGAGUACACAACAGGUGACAAAUAAGAGAUGUUCUAAGUCCACACUUUGCCGAUCACCUGACUGCCCCACCCAUCUUCCCACCUGUUUCCACUUCCCUCAUCUACUCUGCAGUUGCCUUGCUCUUCCCCGCCCACCCUCAUCAUCAACAUCCUCUCUGUAUAUACCGGCCCAGAUCCUUGUUCCUCUGCCAGUUCCUUGUAGUUACAAUGUUGCAUAAUCUUGUGUUUGCUUUCAAGUCACCUGAACCAGUACCCUAAAUUCUUUACACCAUGGGGACCUUGAUGGUGGCCUUCUCGACUGCAGCUUUCUCCAACCUGCUGUUCCCAGCUGUGUCCCUCCUGUCAGUGGGUGACAUUGUGUUUGUAAUAACCAACAUGCAGGUAGAAAACCUGUUCAGCUCAUGUCGCUCCACCGUCAUCACUCUCUACAACGGGGCCGUUGACUCUUCCUCAGCACUCUUCCUUGUCAUCAAGCUGUUACGCGAGGCUGGCGUCUCUCUCCGCUCCUCCUUCCUGUUCAUGUCCGCCUGCAGCGUCAUUCACCUGCUCAGGACUUUCUUCCUGCUUCCCAGAGACCACAUUCCCUACCCGCUGCCUGAAGACUACACAUACGGGUAGAAAUCUCCAAGAAACUAUUGUGGAUAAAAAUCUGUCCUCUGGGCCAGUGAAGAAGACUGGACUCCUACCACUAAUAUUUACUUUAACUUAUUUAAACUACCGCAAAUCUAGUUUUACUCAGUCUCUAUAACAUAAUACUUAG